AUGGCGGGUUCUGAGGGUCCAAACGCUUCUUCCCCGACUCAACAGCUGCCAAAGAAGUACGACACCACGAUCUUUCUUUCCGGGCCCACCCAGUCCGAUCUUCAACGAAAUGCCGAACUCGAAAAGUUCUUGAUUGAUUCGGGGCUUUAUGAGAGCACAGACGAAGCUGAAAAGAGAGUAGAGGUUCUUGGCCGCAUUGAUCGGAUUGUGAAAGACUGGGUGAAGCAAUUGACAAGCCAAAGAGGCUACACAGAUCAGAUGGUGGAGGAUGCAAAUGCUGUCAUUUUUACUUUUGGGUCAUAUUGUCUCGGGGUUCAUGGGCCUGGAGCUGACAUAGACACUUUGUGUGUUGGGCCAUCGUAUGUGAAUCGAGAGGAAGAUUUUUUUAUUAUUUUGCAUGAUAUGCUGGCUGAAAUGGAAGAGGUUACUGAACUUCAACCAGUUCCUGAUGCUCAUGUACCCGUCAUGAAAUUCAAGCUCCGGGGAAUAUCAAUAGAUCUUUUGUAUGCAAGUGUAUCUCUUUUGGUUGUUCCAGAGGAUCUGGACAUCUCACAUGAAUCUGUGCUAUUUGAUGUCGAUGAGCAAACUGUUCGAAGUCUGAAUGGCUGCAGGGUUGCAGAUCAAAUUCUUAAACUUGUCCCCAAUGUUGAGCAUUUCCGCACGACACUCAGAUGUUUGAAGUUUUGGGCUAAAAGGCGUGGUGUUUAUUCAAAUGUUACUGGAUUCCUGGGUGGUGUAAAUUGGGCUAUUUUAGUCGCUCGGAUAUGUCAGCUUUAUCCCAAUGCAAUUCCUAGCAUGUUGGUUUCUAGAUUUUUCAGAGUAUACACUCAGUGGCGUUGGCCAAAUCCAGUAACUUUAUGUUCAAUUGAAGAGAAUGAACUUGGUUUCCCUACAUGGGAUCCUCGUAAAAACCCUCGUGACCGCUAUCAUCACAUGCCAAUAAUAACUCCUGCGUAUCCUUGCAUGAACUCUAGUUACAAUGUCUCAAUAAGUACUCUACGAGUUAUGACAGAGCAGUUCCACCAUGGUAAUAGGAUAUGUGAGGAGAUUGAGCUGAACAAGACCCAGUGGAGCGCUCUCUUUGAACCUUAUCUUUUUUUUGAGACAUACAAAAAUUAUCUGCAGGUGGACAUAGUUGCAGCUGAUUCUGAUGAUUUGCUGGCAUGGAAGGGGUGGGUGGAAUCCCGGUUUAGACAGCUUACCCUGAAGAUAGAGCGAGACACGAAUGGGAUGCUGCAGUGCCAUCCGUAUCCAAAGGAAUAUGUAGACACAUCCAAGCCAUGCCCACAUUGUGCUUUCUUUAUGGGUUUGCAGAGGAAAGAGGGAGUGAGAGGUCAAGAAGGUCAGCAAUUUGAUAUACGUGGAACAGUUGAUGAGUUCAGGCAAGAAAUAAACAUGUAUAUGUUCUGGAAACCUGGGAUGGACAUAUAUGUUUGUCAUGUUCGCCGGAAGCAGCUUCCUCCCUUUGUUUUCCCUGAUGGGUAUAAACGUCCUCGACCUUUGAGGCAUGCAAGCCAGCAGGAUGAAAGAAAUGAUGAAGAUGCUGUGGGAUCUGGUUCUGGGUCUGCUGAACGACAUAUCAAGAGGAAAAUUGAUCCUAAAACAGAGGAUGUCGGGCCAAUCAAACGAGUCAAGCAGACCACUAUUAGUCCUCCACGUACAGAGUCUGUAUCCCCAUCAAAAAAUGUAGGUAGAUCUGUUGGAACACCUGAUAUCAGCUUCAGUAAUGGCAAUAGAUUAGAGUGUCGGGCAACUGGAGAUGCAGAUAAGAAUUCCGAUGUUAGAUUGCCUGUUAGACAGUUGGAGAGUGAAAAGGAUAGCGUGGGAGACAUGCGGGUGGUUGAAGAUGUUAUGCAUGAAUCAAUCACUAGAAAUGAGUGCACAUCAAUGCUUGUUUCUGAAUUCCCAAGAGUCAGAAAUGAGGUAAAGCCUUCACAGGAGGGUUGUGCGGUAAAGCCAUCUGAACAGUUGGAGAAACCUCUUUCCUGGAAUGAAUUGGUUGUUCCAUGUGCAGUAUCUUUCUCAGAGUCCAAGGAAACAUUAGCCUAA